CGACAAACUGAGAGUAAGAUCCAGGUUGCCGCAGGCCCAGCAGCGAAGACCCAAGGUCCAAAGACCCUGAGUCCGAGCCCCUACAGCACCCACCCCUCUGCGGAAGCCCCGCCCUCUCCGGGAGCCGCGUUCACGCCACGCCCCUGCCUCACUACCUGCGUCGACGGUGAACUACAUUUACCAGAAUGCCAUUCAAGCCGCCUCGCAAGGCAGCAAUAAGUGUCUGGGUGACGCCAUCAGCCGGCGCGAUGUUUAGAGUCCAGUGAUGUCGUGGCGCUUUGGGGAAAGAAGUUGGUGUUUCUCUGGGCCCUGGUACUGAAGACGCCGUCCGGGGGAUCCCGGCCCCUUCCUACCCACCCUUCCAUCUGCUUUUUUCUUCCCUACUCUGGCAGGAUGAGGCGUGCAGGCCUGGGUGAAGGAGCACCUCCUGGCAACUAUGGGAACUAUGGCUAUGCUAACAGUGGCUAUAGUGCCUGUGAAGAAGAAAACGAGAGACUCACUGAAAGUCUGAGAAGCAAAGUAACUGCUAUAAAAUCUCUUUCCAUUGAAAUAGGCCAUGAGGUUAAACAUCAAAAUAAAUUAUUAGCUGAAAUGGAUUCACAAUUUGAUUCUACAACUGGAUUUCUAGGUAAAACUAUGGGAAAACUGAAGAUUUUAUCUAGAGGGAGCCAAACAAAGCUGCUGUGCUAUAUGAUGCUGUUUUCAUUAUUUGUCUUUUUCGUCAUUUAUUGGAUUAUUAAACUGAGGUGAUGCAAGUGAGUUUGGAAUUUGUUCCAGCUUAACUGUUUGGAGUGCCACGUUGGUAAAAAAUCAGCAGCAAAACAUUCCAAAUUUUCAAGUGUUAAUGAUUUUUUUCCAUUGAGGAUUACUGGAUUUUAUUUGUUUUAUAAAUCACAUUAGAUAACACAGUGCUCUUUGAAUACUGUUGCUUAAUGAUACAUUUUUUGCCCCUAUUUUCAGGGGUAUUGAGAUGGCCUGAAGUCACUCUGGCCCUAACAAUUUUUUUUCCUGUUGUUCGCUGUCAGAUUAAAUAACCAUCUAAUACUCUGCUCUUAGCAUAAAUGUAGGCUUAUGUUCCGUGUGAAGAAACUUAGUGGGAGAAUAACAGAAUCCCUGGAGAGCCUGAUGCUGAACUCUUGAGGUAGUGAACAAGUUUGUGAGGGAAUGGUGUAUGUAUUUUCCCUAAUUGUCAUCAGCCCUGAUAAUGUACUGCCCUUUCCUCCUCUCUUUGGUUAAAAUCGCUUAGGCUGAUUUCCUUUUACCUACAGUUUUCCUCAAAAAUUUUGAUGACAUGACUCCUCUUUCCCCUCUGCCCAGUGACCUCAUCUUUUACUGAAGCUUUUUAUUUUGGCACAGUUCUUGUAGGGCCCAAAACAAAUGUGUACCAGUCUAGUUAUUGUUUUAUAUUAAUUUUAUACAGACCAUUGACUUGGCUUACAAUAGUUCAAUGAUUUUAGCUACUUAGGUAGGCCAUUUGGUUAUCAUUUGUGACAGAAUGAUGUGAAGCUAAAGUAAUUGCUAAGCUCUGAAUGGAAAUAAAAUUAACUGCCUCUGCUUUAUUAUGUGUUCAAAAUAGAUAUUGAAAGUACUCAGGCAUUGAACUUGGGGUUAAGAGUGUUGUUGCUUUAAUCCAGUCUAUUUGUUUAUGGAAAGAAAAACAAAGAUGGACAGAAAGAAAUAUUAAGAUGUUCUUAAAUACUCUGUAUUACUACUGUUUGGAAUUUGCCCACUUACGGGUUCUAAAAAUAAAAUUUUUAAUGAAAUA